AAUGGCCUAAGGGGCAAAGCUUGCACACCAAGUAGGCUACUUCGGAAUCCACGUUUCGGUAUAUAUAUAGGCCUAUCGCUCGAUCCGUGACUGUGAUUUCGAUAGUUUUCUUGCUUGGCGGUGCACUCAACCCCAUAAUCACUUGUAAUUUCAUUUUUGCAAAAGUUGAAAAGCGGCGUUACAUUCAAACACACAGACUUCAAAAGAAGCCGCUAUUAUUUACCAAAUUUGUUUACUUAUUUACUGGUGUCAACGAUAAUUAACCUUCCUGUAAUUGACCAAUCAAGGAUGAUAUUACACCUCACGUGACCUCUAAGUGACCUUGCUUAGCAUUUCUCCAUAACUCAAAAUGGCGGACCAGCUGCAUUGUCUGAACUGAAUUUUAAACGUACGAAAUGCAAUCAAAUUACACCAAAGGAUGUAUUUUGUAGAUUCGGCUUUUAUCAGUAUUAUUGUUCCUGCUACGAAUGCCUUGAUCUGCUAAAUUUUCUCAAUAUAAAUCUCCUGCAUUUAUCUCCAUUGGACUAAACAGCUGUGGUGACCUUGUUUAAUGCGUUUUAGUUACCAUGACGAUGAAGUCUAUUAUUAUAUAGCGGUCUGUAUCCAUAUCAGCAUUAUCAUGUAUGGUUGAAUCAAUGUGAAUUGACACCUAAUAAAGGAUAUUUACUAUAUUACAGUCAGAAAGUCAGGAAUAGUUAUUUCAUAUGAAAAUGAGAAAGACAAAGUGAAAACAGUUUUGUUGGAAGAUAAAAACUUCAAAAGAGUUACUAAUAAAGAUAACCAUGGGAGAAGAACUGAAAAGACUAACGGCAUUGGUGAAUAACACCGAGAAAAAAGUGAAUAAUGAUAAUAUUAUCACGAGUGUGGGCCUGAAUCCAAAUGGACUAAAGCAAGAGAAAAAAGAUGAAGAAAAUGGACAACUACAGAGUUUGAUGAAUGCCCAUAGGCCUUCAAUUGAAGUAAAAGGAGAAAAACGGAAAAUAGAUGAACUGAAAGAGGAAGGGACGGAAGACGACGAUUCUGUUUUUUUACCGAACGAUAGGAAUAAAGAGGAAGGAGAUAAAUCACGGAAUAAACGGAAUCGACCGACGGAAUCGAAACCAGUAGAUUGGGAUUUAGUGGAUCCUAAAACCGGGAAAAAUGGAGAAAAUAAAUCAAAUACAGAUCAUAAUACGAUGAUGUCCUAUCAUGCGCAUGGUCAGCGGUUUGGUGACCAUACUGGUGGUCAACAGCAUGAAGUAUUUGCAUUCUCAACAUAUUUAGCGAACCGUGCUGCACAGACGGUACUUGGCGGCACUUCCAACUCCAUUAUUAGCUACCACCAGACACAGUCUGCAUCGCGCAAGUUCUUACAGGCAGAUCAGGAUGCACAGGACAAGACACCACCAUCAUCAGCAGACUCUGGUGUGGCCCAUACGUCUAGUAACAAUAGCCCUGAAGAUCAGUCAAGCUCUAGACAAGGUACACCAAUUCCUCUUGGAACACCAGAUCCUAAGACCCAGGAUAACCUUCAGAAACCUAUGGAUGUUAUUGAGCCAAAAGAAUGCCGGACACCGAAAGGCAACAAUACCAGCAGUACACCUGAGGGCGGAAAUAGCACCCCAUCAAACAGUGUUCAUAAUGAAACACUCACACCCGUUAGCAGUGGUCAUGAGACGUCAACGCCGACCCCACCUACAACGACUAAGAAACAAACGGGUAGGAAACGGAAAAGUUCGGUGAAAGGUGUGACCAAAAUGCUGCAGCAUCAACAGCAACAGCAUCAACAGCAACAUCAUCAACAACACUAUGGCCCUCAUGUUAAUCCACCAUUUCAGGGUCAUUUUCCAUCUCAAGUUGGAUACAAUAUGAAUAAUCCGUUCCACACGGACAUGGCGAUGCCCUUCACAGGUAACCAGCGAAUUUCACCUGUUGGUGUGCCUCAACCAAGCACUACAGAAACGGAAGAUCUUAGUCCAAGUGCUUUGUGGGAGAAUCCACCGAGUAAGAAAAUUAGUGGUCCAGGUGCGUGGAAACCACAAAUGGAUAUGAUGUCCAACAUGCAAAACUCUAUGAUGAGCCAUCCUCGAAUGAAUGCAUCCGCAAAAAUGCAACAUCGGCAACUCAUGCGCCCGACGCAGUUUCAGCAGCAUUCUCAAGGAUCAAUGGGGGUCAGUUUACCUUUUGGAUCUGGAGUGGUGAAUAGCGAUGAAAAUUUAACUCCAGAUCAGUUACGUCACCGUCAAGAACAGCUUAGAAAACUUACCGAUAUGAAAAGAAUACUUUUGCAUGACAAGCCAGGUAACCAAAUGACAUCUCCACGGAUGAUGUCUCCUGGAGGAUUGCCUUCAUCUGACAUGAUGAUGAUGCCAGAAAAUCCUAUCAUGCAGGGAAUGAUGAGGACAAGUGGUCCUGGUAUGAUGGAACCACCCCAGCGUAUAAUGAUUUCGCCGACAGGGAUGGGUAUGAAUCCCCAGCAUAUGCCCAUGAUGCCACAGGAUGACAUGAUGUCUCCAGAGCAGCGUAUGAUGAUGCAGCCACCAAUGAAUAAUGACUGGGAGAAUGCUACCCCUGCCCAAAAGGCUUGGGUCAAAUUACAACAUGAAUAUUAUCAAGAAAAACAACAGAGUAAAAUUUUAGGCAAACAGCCGAAUAUGAUGAAUCUAGCUGGUCCCAAUAUGCCUAUGGAUUCACAUGAUCCAAUGGGAGAUUUUGGAAUGAAUCCUCAAGGAAUGCCUGGGGCAGGGAAUGUGCCACCCCCUCCACCAUAUCAUGGACCUCAAACCCCAUUUGUUGGACGACAGACCAUGGGUGGAUCUUUUCCUAUGUCGGGCGGAAUGCCAUCAAAUAAUAUGCCAUUGUCUCCAACUCGUUUAAUGAUUGCACAGCCAGGCAAUAGGACUAACCGUACUGGAUCAAUGCCUGGCAUACAGCCACAAAUGGCUUUUCAACGUUCGCAAGGCAAUAUGAACAUGCCUAUGUCACCUACCCCUAACAUGCAGAGUAAUAGUGGCCUAGAUGCAGGCCUCACUGGUAGCAUGAUGGAACAGUCGCCUAGGCCAGGACACCCAGGAACACCUGGCAUGGAAAAUUUUGGUACAACACGUAGUAAUAGUAACAAUAUGAAUCCAAUGUCACAGCCUAAUGUUCCAAGCCCGCAGAUGCCUAAACCCAACACAAGUUCAGCAAACACUGGCAUACCAACACCUUUGUCUAGUACUCCAGAGGCAAGUAUGCCAAAAACGAGUGCAGACACAAUUCAGCAAAUGACCAAAGCAUCUGAUGUGCAAAUGGGGCAGCCUCAGAGGUUGGUGAAUUUCCCUUCUAGUCAAUUGAAUCGAGACAAAGCUCCUAAUUUUCCGCCACGAGGUGAAGAACAGUUUGCGUCUCAUUUUUAUCAGAAACCUAUGGAGAAAAAACAACCUGGACGAUUACAGCAUUAUAAUAGUAAUAUGGGUGUAGGGCACGAAAUGAUGCCCUCACCACAAGGAAUGAUAUCAUCACACGGCAACAUGAUGUCGCCACAACCAGGUAUGAUGUCAUCAAAGAGUGGUAUGAUUGCUUUGACCUCCCCAGUUGGACAACAGAUGGGAGGUCAAAGUGGCAUGAUGCCACAACAAAGAAUGAACUCUUCUCAAGCACAAAUGCGCAUAAUGCCUCAAGACAUGAUGACAUCACAAGCGCUCACAACAUCUCAGUCCAAUAUGAUGUCAUCGCAUUCAAGCAUGAUGCCAUCACAGUCUGCAACAAUGAACUCACAAUCGGACAUGAUGACAUCAUCACAGGGAAUGAUGUCACCAAUGGGCAUGAUGCCUCAACAGCCAGGCUUUAUUGGAAACCAAAGGACUAUGGUCAGUCCAGGAAAUAAUAUAGCACCAGGAAUGAAUAUGCCUAAUAUGGGAAACCAUGGACUAAUGGGCAAUCCUGGCAAUAUGCCAGGUGGAAUGGGUAUGCCUGAUAUGGGCAUGCCAAAUAUGGGCAUGCCAAAUGAAGGUAACAUGGGGCAUGGGAUGAUGCCAGAGCAUGGUAUGGGUACAACUUCUAUACCAAAUGAUGUAAUAAGCAUGCAACAGCAAGGGAACACAGUAAUGAGAAAUAAUAAUAGAUCUAUGGGCUCAAGCAACAAUCAGGUUCCCUUGCCAGCUAGUUUACCCAUCGAUGCAUCAUCACGUACCACGCCUAAUAUGACAGGACAGAAAAUGAACAGUGGUGCAGCCCCGAAUACGCCUUCUUCUGGUGAUAGUCAAAAUCCUUUAGCAAUCUUACAGAACAGGUUUGAGCCUCCCCUUUUACCUGAUGGCAAGGGGCCAAAACAGACAUUGCAAUAUUUUCCAACACCGGAUGCUCAGGCACAGUCAGGAAACCCACACCUUAAUCCUGGUAUGAACCCAGGACCAGUUUCUCAACCACCUUCUCAGGGACCAAAGCAAAUUCAAAUGCCAUUUCCUAUGGACAUGGUCCGGCCUGGAAUGCAAGGCAUGAGCCAAGGAUACGGCCCUCGAUUGUCCGGGCCAAGAAUGAGCCAUUCAGAUGCCAUGUUUCAACAACAGAUGGGUGGAAUGCCCAGGAAUCAGAUGACAGGAAUGUAUGGCAUGUCACGGCAGAUGCAGCCUGAUAUGUUUGUACCAGGACGGCACAGAAUGAUGAACCCUAAUAUGAUGGGACAACAACCUAUGGGCGGCUUCAGCGACCCUGUGAUGGGAGGCCCCCAGGGUCCAGGGGGAAUGAUGGCAAUGAACAAUCCCAUGAUGCAAUAUCAAAACAUGCCCAAUAUGUGAGCAUCAAUGAUGCAAGACAUAAGGAUUGUAAAAUGGAAUAAGUCACUAUGCUGCAGGGAUGACUCAAACUAAUAAGUCGCUCGCCUAAAGACACUAAUGAGCAGCCUCCCGCUAAGACAGAGCAGUAUAAAAAGUGCGGUCAAAAACACACGCCAUGACAAUGUCUUGCUGAAGAAGUUUGUUCCUCUCAGCAAUUCAUGAUGACAUUGGAAUGGCGGUGACGAUGUGGAGUAAGGAAAUAUUUAUUUUGUGAAUAAAAACAAAGACAAAAUUGUACAUAUUGACAGAUUGUCUGUCAUGGGUCAUCUAUAGGUUCUGGUAUAUUUUACAAUCGUCUGUAUAUCGGUCCUUAUGGGUGCGUGUGGAUGUGUGUGAAAGUGUGUGGAAAAGACUGAGAGAGAAACAGACAGAUGUCAAUUACUAGUCUUACUUAAUAUAUAAUUUUAUUGUUAUACAACACUAUUGAAGAUGUUCAUAACAGAUACGAAUAAGAUAAUUUGAAAUCAAUUAUGAUUUGCUAUAGAUUUUGUUUAUCAAUAAAUGUUGAAGGUGACCACAUUUUAAUAGUGUUUGAAAGGGAAGAUUUGUCCCACAUUCUAGUAAAUAAAUUAAAGAUAUACUCUCAAAUAUCAGUGCUCGGUUUUGACAACAAUAAUUUUCUUUGAUAAAUUGACAAAAGAAUAAUUAUUGUUAAUACUGCAUUGGACAGAAUGUCUAUUAAGUUCUAUUGGACAGUAUACACCUGUUUUCAGGAGUGAUACAAACAUUUCCAUCAUUUAAAAUUGUGUUUUUUUUUGUAACAGAGGCCAAGGUUUAUGAGAGUAGAGAGAGUUGCGAAUAAUCUGGUACAUGUGUUCACUAGUGUUAAUUUUUCUUAGAAAUGUAUAAUGUAUUUUUACUUGACAAUUUAGUUUUUGUUCUUACAACAAUUACUCUCUUCUUGCCAUUGGAGUUUGCUUCUGCUGUAGGUCUUUUCCGACAUUAGUUAAGAGGUUAUCAAAGUUGCUCUCAAAUGGCUUGCAGCCAUGGACAUGAAUGUGAGUCCUUUACACUUCGUUUUUCCAAACAGAUUAGGAGAUUGAUUUUUUUUUUUUUUUUGAGUCAACAGUGCAAUGAUUGGUUUUGGUAGUGCAACUUGUACUCCAUCUUUCAGAUUUUCUUUUUACAAAUGCACAUAUUAGUUAUCAGAAAUCAAUUGAUUUGUUCAUAAUUGCACUUCAAUUUCACCUCCGUUUUGGACACAAUUUCCUCCCAUCCUAUCAACAAAUUUUGAUAUCUAUAUUAUACAGUACUCUCAUCUCCAUUACACCUAAAUUUUCUAAUGAUUAUAGUUUGGUAAUUUUGUAUCAAUAGUUCCAUCAUUGAUGUUAUGACAGACAAGAUAAAUUGCUUGAAUAGGCAAACCAACUAAUUUUUAAUGCAUACACAAAGCAUGGCAUUUAUCGCUGCAUUGUUGAUCUUCAAAAUGAUGCUAAUUAAUAUUCAUAUCUAGUAUAAUUAUUGCUAAAUUUGCAUUGUGAAUUGUCUUGGAUUAUUGUUCAAUUAAUCGCGCCUGAUGUUGUUAUUUCUACUAUGCAUAAACUGCUCGCCUUUUAACCUGCCGUGCAUCAGUGAUUCUAUCUCAUUCGUGUGCAGAUGACGAGAGCAGUAGAGCUCGUUGAAUUGAUAAUGUGUAGUGGUAUAUAACAAAUGAAUACUAAACACUCAAGACGUUCAUAUUGGCGUGCUGAAGCCAAGGACCUGAUUAAUAUGUACUUAUGUCUUCGCCAAUUCCAGUGCAUGGAAUCAAAAAUGCUAUUUACUAAAUUCUUUGUUUGCUACAUUCAAGACGAAUAAACAAUUUACAUUCAGAAUUUUUUUUUGUUGUGGCAGUAAUAAAAAUCAACCUAUGAUAAAUAUAUUACUAUUGGGAAAAGGGAUUUUUUUAAAUAAGUAAAUUAUAAAUUAAAAGUGUAUUUUGUAGUAAUUUAAUUAAAUAAAAUGAAUUGGAAAUUGUAAUUAAAACAUUGAUUUAUAGAUGAUAAUGAAAUUGGCAUUUUAGUGAGCAAAUAACACCUUAAUUAAAAUUUUGUAAGGAUUAAUGUGUUAAACCCAAAAAGAGAAAUAGUAAUAUUUUGAAAUAAUAAUGUGGUUUAUUAUUAUUAAUGCCACCAUGAAAAAUAAUUUUUAAUGAUUAUGUAACAGAUUAAUAUUUUUUUGAUGUUAUUGAUAUUUAACAAUAUCAAUAUUUUACAAUGCAUUGAAUUAUCGUAACAAUUGCAUCCUAAUUUAUUAUUAUGAUAUCACUUUUACAGUUCAUUGUAACUGAUAAUGUGAAUGUGAAUAUUAAUUAGGCAAAGCUAACCUUUGACCCAUUUCUAUCAGAAAGAGGGAGGCAAUCCUGCAUAUUGUUAGUGUUGUUUUGCCAUGCAUAUUAUAACAUUAAUAAUAGUAAUAAUAAUAAUAAUAAUAAUUAUUAUUAUUAUUAUCAUCCUCAUUAUGAAUAAUAUUUUAAUUAUUGUUGUUGUUCUGUCUUUUAUUCUACCAACCAAAAAUAUUUAUUCUAUUUCUAUAAUUUGAUGGUAAGAACAAUUUUGUUAGGUGUCAUCUUUUGAAAGUAGUUGAUGAAUUAGGGCAGUUGACCUGUAAAAACACUAUAAUGAAAUUUUGAGAUAUAAGUUAAUGAGGCUGGAGGUGAUAUGUAAGUACUGUAUAAUUAAAAGAAUAGUCCAUGCAAGGACCAUAAUUGCUUAGUUUUGAUAUUAUCCAUGCUAACAUAUAUUAGCAACUAAUGAUUUCAUUGAGAUGCUUAUUACUUUGGAAAAGAAACUAUCAGACUUUUUACACUUAAAAUUGAAAUGAAACCCACUGUCCUACCUCUGUUAUCAUCCUCCCCUCCCCCAUUGAAAAUAUGUUGCUACCUCUAUUUGUACAUGCUUAAAUGUUUAAAGUUAAAAGAACAAUUUAUUUGUCCCAUGUAAGCCUUAUGAAGUAAAGUGAGUAUUGAAUAUGGUACCUUAUGCAUACAAAAAUGUUUCAAUUUUGUUAUAUUGCAAGUUUACUAUCAGAGUAUAGACUGUUUCUGUAGUAUCUUCAAUAUAAAAACAUUGCAAAGGAAAAAAAGUUUCUAAUACUGGUGUGUACCUUACAAUUGACAAUGAUGGGAAUAUUUGUCUGUCACAUGUUUAUUCCACUAUCAAUAUUGGCAGGUAAAACAGCAUCUCAUUAAACAAAUACUGUAUUGCUUAAUCAUAUGGUUUUGUUCUGAUUGUUAUUUAUCAUUUUGUAUGUUAACAAGAUAACAAGAGCGUGUAAUGGUAAAAGAAAUAUCUAUGAAACACUUUGAUUAUGUUUAAAAUUUAUGGUAAUGAGAAUAUUUUCAAUGAAUUCAAAGCUGAAAUUAUUACAGUACAUGAUGGCAUUAUUUGAGCUGAGGUAAAUUUUCACAGCUUGGCAUUUCAAGCAACAAUAUGUAUACAAAUUGUACAUAACAUUGCAUGUAGAUAUUUACAGACGUGUGUGUUGGGGGCGCUGUUCAUAUACACUGCAAGAUUUUCAUAAAGUUUUUAUUUUAUGACCUUUUUUUUUUUUUCAAAAAAAUAGGUUUGACAGUUUUUGUCUGUUGUGUUAGCUAUCAUUUUAUAAUAAAAAAAAAAAAAAAGAGCAUAUACCAAGAGUUGUACAUUUGAUUAAAAAAAAAUUAUAACACUAUGUUCUGUUACAAUGAAAUCAUGGAAUUUGUACAUUUUAUCAUUUGGGAUAUCUUCUCUGAUUCCCACACCUGGAAUUUUAUUUAGAUAUGCUUAUUGUUAUAGUUAAAUAGUUAAUUGAUCGAUUGUUAAGAAGCCAACAAGUUCUGUACUGUUUUUUCUGAUUUCAUUGAUUAUGGUUGAUCAUUUUUCAUCAAUGCUAUCUGACAGAAUACAAAGGAACUUGCUGACUUUAAACCAAGUAUAUUUCUAUAACAUUUAUUACACCAGCCUGGUUUUUACGUGAGCUUAGAAUUUUGUCUUUGAAACUACAAUAUUCUUGUGUCGGUCACUUAUGGGAAAUGAGAAAUUAUAGUUAACUGAACCUAGGAAAAUUAACCAAUAAAUUAAAUGGUAUCUAUUAGUUUUGAAGCGAAUCCCUCCAUUUUUCAAUUUAUUAUGGAAAUAAGGCAGCAGGUUUUUAAAAACCUCUUUUUCUUAUUCAGUUGAUGUUCUUAUUUUAAACUUCAGUAAACUAAAUAGGUUCAAUUAUUUAACUACAGAUUGAGAAUUUUCAGGGGAGGGGAGGAGAUGGUCCUAAUUAUUAUCUGAAGUCAGUGACAUAAAGGGUGAGAAAUCAAUAAACAUGAUGAUACUUGUAAAUUGUAUAUUUUCAAAUGUUGACCUUUGUAUGUUAGAUUAUAUAACUGCCUAGAACUAUCCCUGACAUUGUUGCACAACUAAUGGGAUUCAAGUAUUGACAGUUUUUAACCUCUCUCCAAAACUGUCUGGUGUAUUUCAGUAUAUUGAUGUAUAAAUGAACGAGAGACAACACCUCUCACCAAAUGUGCGCCCUCAUUUUUUGUUUGUUUUUCGGUCUUAGAGAUAUAUCUGAAAAUAUGUGUAUUUUGGUUAUUGCUCCAUUGUGAGGAGAGGGGUAAUUGUCAUAUAUUGUAACUUAGAGCAUGUAGUAGAUAGGUAUUGUAGACAGUGCGAUUUACCUGUAACAUAAAUGGAAUCUCCUGAAUGUAGCUGCAGAUAGGCUGUAUAAUUGUUUAAAAACCUAUCCGUAUCUCCUGGGUGACGAAUGUUUGUGAUAUCUGUACAAAAAGCUAAUUGUGUAUCACAGUUAAUGGCGAGUAAAAAAGUAGAUUUUUUACAAGUAGCCCCUUCAGGUCUAUUUUGUAGUUCUUGUGUAGAGGUAUUUUGUUGAUGGACUUAAAAAUUCCAUAACUUAUUGUUUUAUGAGCUGUUGCCAAGUUUUGUACUUAACCAUUUGAAAAUUGUGUACAUAAUAUUUUGAUUAAUUUUUGAAACAUA